AUGGCUCCGUCUCCCCUGCCCUUCAUGAUCACGCUGCUGAUGUCUACUGCCCUGGCGCGGUCCGAUAAUGAGCAGCUUCAUGUCGAGUCAUCCACCGAUCGUUGUGCCUCAGCAAGCGCAAUCGCCUUCAUGCAAGGUCUUUAUCCGCCAAUCCCACACGCAGCAUGCGAUUCCGACGUCCCUAACCACCACUGGCUCUCUAACGGGUCAAUCCUGAACAACCCCUUGAAUGGUUAUCAGUACCCUAAUAUCAGAACUCUCGCGCCUGACCGGGACCCAGACUCGAUCUGGGUGUUCUCCGAGGCAUUCCCUCUCUCUCAAACCAACUUUUACAAUGCCCAUGAACUGUACGACUGCGCUGCGUACCGCUGGAACCAUGAGAGCAGUUCGGCUUCGGCCAUGACCUCCGAUGACUUAGAGGCCCUGCGGCAACUUGCCUGGCAGGAGCAGUCACUCAAAUACGGACACUCGGACAACGUUCAGAGAGACUCGAGCUUUGCCAUUGCCGGCCGCACACUUGCAUCCAGGGUUGCCGCCAUUUUUGCUGAGAACAUCGAGUCUCGGGGUGAGCGCAAUAAGCUGAGCCUCGCAUUUACCACGCACGAGCCUUUUUUGGGCUUCUUUGCGCUUGCCAACCUCACUGUUGGACCCUCCAACCACUUGUUCUCGCAACUUCCCAAUCCUGGCGCGACUUUGACCUUUGAGCUGUUCUCCGUCGAUGAGCCAGUUGGCUCGCACAACGCCGACUCCUCUAAAGCCGACGCGUCCUACCCAGUCGAUCACUAUAACAAGACAUCAGGAUCUCACAGAGUCAGAGCCCGUCUUCCCACCUCCCGCAACAGCAGCACCAUCAGCCCCUCCUUUCCCGACACGGACCAUCUCUACGUCCGCUGUCUCUACCAAAACCCCGACAGAUACAACUACAGCAUCAAAAACGGCAACUCGACUCGAGAGCUCACCCCCUGUCCGCUCUUCGACAACACGCACACCGCAAUCCCCUUCAAGCAUUUCAACGCAAUUGUGUCAGCAAUCGGCAUUGCAGACGCCGCGAGCUGGUGCAAUGCAUGCGGGAGCGGCGACACUGUCUUCUUCUGCAAGGGCGCCGAGCCUCGCACCGAGCGGCAGCAGCAUCAUCUGCUUGCCGCGCUGGCCGGGUCGGCGGGGACAUUGCUUGCCGUGUCACUGAUCGGCUUUCUGGAAUGAUUGGAGAAGUGGGAAGUAAGGGAGUCCAAGGGCUGGGCUUGGUACAGUUGGGAAGAAGAGGAUGGAAUGCGAUGUAUCAACAGGAAGAGACCAAAAGGGAGUAAUGCUAUCGUGGCGAGGCUACAAGGCAAUUCCGUGAGUGCAGGGCCCGGCAGUUGGGGCGUCCAAGAGUACUCGGGACACAGACUCAACCGUAUUAUUCUGUAAUGAAUAGAUAGUUGCGUAGAAUUCAUAAUGUAAUACAUGGCCUAUU